CCCCUUCCCUCAAACCCUCUUUCACGAAAUCCUAAUAUUCUCUCACUUCUCUCCUUAAUUAAUCCCAUUUUUACAUUUCCACUUUUUCCUUUAAAAGAAAAUAUUUCCCCUCAAAACAAAAAUUAAAAAGAAAAUUCCAGAGAGAGAGAAGAAGGAUACCUUGCUUGAGCUGAGAAGUGGACGUAAAGGAAGAGAUUAUUAAGUAAUAAGAAUAUACAGCUUCAAUUUUUCAGGUUCCAAUAAUAAUAAACCAAAACGACGACAGAGAUCAUGACUUGGUGCAGUGGCUCGGACGACGACGAGUCCUCUCAACAAUUAACCAAUUCUUCUUCUAUUCUUCAUCAUUCAUCCUCAGCCGUCCGAUGCCCAUCUUGUGGUCAUCAAAUUCAAUUACAAGAUCAGGGUGGGAUUCAUGAUUUGCCUGGGUUGCCAGCUGGAGUGAAGUUUGAUCCAACGGAUCAAGAAAUUCUAGAGCAUUUAGAAGCUAAGGCAAUUUCGGAUGUUGGAAAGCUUCAUCCUCUUAUUGAUGAGUUUAUUCCUACGCUUGAAGGAGAAAAUGGGAUUUGCUAUACUCACCCUCAGAAGCUUCCAGGAGUGAGCAAAGAUGGACAAAUCCGACAUUUUUUCCAUCGACCAUCAAAAGCCUAUACAACAGGAACAAGAAAACGGCGUAAGGUCCACACCGACGAGGAAGGCAACGAGACACGUUGGCACAAAACAGGUAAAACUCGACCCGUAUUCAUUGGCGGAGCCGUCAAAGGAUUCAAGAAAAUCCUUGUCCUUUACACCAACUAUGGCCGUCAAAAGAAACCGGAAAAAACCAACUGGGUAAUGCACCAAUAUCAUCUCGGCAACAACGAAGAAGAAAAAGACGGUGAAUUGGUGGUGUCCAAAGUUUUUUAUCAAACCCAACCCCGACAAUGCAGCUCCACUGCAGCUAUCACCAACAAUAAUAACCACCUCCUCCAAUCAGAAAUCAAAUUCAAGAAUUCCGCCAACCACCACCGCGUUGGCGGCGGCGUUGUCGAUUAUUACAACCCCGCGACGUCGAAUAAUACUAAUUUGAUCAUUAGUUUUGAUCAUAACACUGAACCUGAAGUUCCUCAACUACUACCAAAUUUAGUUCUGAGCGGGGAUGGUUCUUCGUUCAUUCGAUUCCCGCCUGCGGACACGACCAAAAGAAAGCUCGAAAGGAAACUCUAAGAUGUCAUCUCUUACGUCCUUACACAAAUUUCCGAUCGAAUUGCAAUAUUUGGUGGUUGGUUUCUUCUCUUUAUUCUUUUUGGGUAUUUCUUUUAAAAUUGUUGUGAUGUAACAAUCGAAUAAAUUAUUAGAUACAUGUAGGUAGUUUGAUGCAUGUAAUUUGACGAGGAAGUAAUAAGUUUUUUUUUUUUUUUUUUUUUUUUUGAGAAAAAGAAAAGGAAGAAGAAGUUGGUGGUUGGUUGGUUAGAUUGAAUUUUCUAUAAGAAGGGGGAAUAAGACGAAGAAUUAGUAGUGAAGUAUAUAUAUAAAUAUGUAUUAUUAUAUAUAUACAUAUACUGAUUUUAUGUUUUGAACAAUGACUACUGUUAUGUGAUUUAGAAAUGUACAGAGACUCCUAAUAUGAUUAUUAAGCAUUAAUUUCUUAUAAAAUGUAUGAUUUUAGUCAUUAAA